UAUUGCACAUGUGAGGAUGCCAGUGAGAUUCUCCUCUAUAUAUAGAGGUCUGCACUUGCAGCUUUCAUGACCACCAGCAUCGAUACAUUCUUUAGAUCGCCUGCCCUCACAGCAAUCGGACUCGAGCAUUCGUUUGGUCUCUGCCGCCUAUUAUCAAUCACUUUAAUCCACCGUCGUUCUCGCUUUCAAGAUGAAGUUCACCAGUGUUCUCUUCACUUUGGGCUUGGCCACCAGCGUCUGGGCCAACCCUACUAAGGUUGUUCGUGAGCCCAGUCUCGUGGAGCGCGAUGUCGCUUCUGUGACUAGCGUUCUUGCCGACAUCAGCACCAAGGUCAAGGCCCUCGACUCUUCCAUCACCAGCUACAACGGUGGCGAUCCCUCCAAGGUUGAGUCGGCCUCUAGUGACCUGGUCUCGACUAUCAACUCGGGUACCUCCACUGUCAGUGGCGGCGACGAGCUCAGCUCCACUGAUGCUCUUGAAAUUACGAGUCCUGUUCAGGACCUGACCAAGGAGGUUCAGACUGCGAUCGAUGAUCUGAACUCGAAGAAGAGCCUGUUCGUCGCGGCUGGGGCUGGUGCGACUGUCUACCAGCAGCUCCAGAAGCAGUACACUGCUGCCCAGAGCCUGGCCGACGCUCUCACCUCUAAGGUCCCCUCCUCCCUGUCUGACAUUGCCAGCUCUCUGUCUUCCGGUAUCACCGAUGCUAUUCAGAAGGGUCUCGAUGAGUACAAGGACGUUGCCACUAGCUCUGCCUCUGCCAGCGCUACUUCCGCCGCCUCUUCCGCUACCAGCAAAAGUGAGACCACUGCUGUUUCUUCCGCCACCGGGAAGAGUGAGACCACUGCCGCUGCGACUUCGGGUGUCUCCGCUACCACUGGUGCUCAAACCUCGUCUGCCGUGAUUCCCACCUCGGCCAGCGCCUCUACUACCCCCUCCAGCUCCAGCACUCCUUCCACUUCCGCUAGCUCCACCCUCUUCACUGGUGCUGCCAGCGUUGACCGCUUCAGCUACGUCUUUGGUGGCGCUGCUGCUGCUGCCGCUGCCAUUGCCGUUGCUCUGUAAGGGUGUGUAACCAGCCUAAGAUGGCCUGAGCCUGCAAUGGAUAAAAGAUUGUGAAAACCUCAAAGGGCAGCGGUUAUCGACAAGUGCGAUCAUGAAAAGAUACGGGCUGGCCAUGUAUAUCUAUUCACCGUUGAAUGUUUCUAGCCCGAAAAUGUGGCUUAAUGUCUCUGAGUUUGGUUUGGGGUUUUUUUUUUGGUUCAAUAAUUAAUCGGUUGCGACAAUGUAAUAUGCUCUGAGUAUAACGAAAAUACGAAUGAACAGCUUUGGAAGCUACCUUUGUUGUGGCCUUCCUAUCAAGCAGUACCUAGUCUUCCAUUAAUUCUAAACAAUUAUCAUAACUACUUUUUCUAGUCACAAUGAUUCCCCAAUAGUG